AUUUUUUACUCAAAGCAGGGAGAAGGAAAAAUUCUCCACCAGAGAUAGAAUAGCAUAAAGAAAACAGUAUAAAAUGCAUUGAGAUUCAUGCAGCAAAUUCAUCAUAUCAUAUCAUAUCCUUUAUUGAAGAGAGAAAAAACAUGGGUGAGAAAAACAGUGGAAGCAAAAACAGCAGGUGGUCUUUGCAGGGAAUGACAGCACUGGUCACAGGUGGAUCCAAAGGAAUCGGAUAUUCUAUCGUGGAGCAGUUGGCAGAGCUUGGGGCCACUGUACACACUUGUUCUCGGAACCAAGCUGAACUCAAUGAAUCCUUGAACGAAUGGACCACAAAAGGAUACAGAGUAACCGGUUCGGUCUGUGACAUCACCUCUCGUGUUAACAGAGAAGAGCUGAUAGCAACUGUCUCUUCUCAGUUCAAUGGAAAACUCAAUAUCCUUGUAAACAAUGUGGGAACAAACGUACAGAAGCAGACCCUGGAUAUAACAGCGGAAGAUUUCGCAUUCCUGAUGAAUACGAAUCUUGAAUCUUGUUUCCACUUAAGCCAGCUUGCACAUCCUCUUCUAAAAGCUUCAGAAGCUGCAAGUAUCAUUUUCAUAUCUGCCAUUGCUGGUGUUGUAGCUACAAACUUAGCAUCCAUUAUAUAUAGUGCAGCAAAAGGAGCAAUAAACCAAGUGACAAAAAAUUUGGCAUGUGAAUGGGCCAGAGACAACAUAAGGACUAAUAGUGUUGCACCGGGGCCAAUUAGAACCCCUCUUUUGGAAAAGCACUCUAAAGAGGAAACAGUUAUGAAUGCUGUAAUUUCUAAAACCCCUCUUGGACGGGUUGGAGAGGCAGAGGAGGUGUCUUCGUUGGUGUCAUUUCUGUGCUUGCCUGCAGCAUCUUACAUUACAGGACAGACCAUUUGUGUUGAUGGCGGCUUCUCUGUGAACGGCCUCCACAUAUAGUUUAGCCUUGUUUUCACAUUUUCUGUGUUAAGUCAAUUACCGUCUGAUUGUAUUGGUUUCUGUGACAUGUUAAGAAUAAAUCAACAGAGUGUGGUUUCGUGUGUUAUGUUAAAUGUAUUUUGGAAUGACUGAUGUUUAUUCUUUUAUAGCAAUAAAACUCAUGCUUGUU